GCUUUUAAAAAUGGCCGAUUUUCUUUGUUGAGUUUCCGAUUUUUGGUGGCAGGUUCGUACUUGUAUAUGGUUCAAAAGAGCAAUGUCAGGGAGUAACGCCAGAGGAUCUGUCGUUGAUGACAUUGGCAGGAAUGAUGUCAAGACUGAGUUAGACCAAAUGCAGUCAAAUCCUAUCGAUCUAAGCAAAUCACUGGCGACAGAAUCCUCUUUGCAUGUUCGGAUAAAACUGGAGUGCCCUGGCCUUGAUGAAUAUGCAGUUCAGCCAAGGUCCUCUUCAUGCAGCUAUGCUAUUCCUCCCGAUAUUGCUGCGUGUAUUCCUCAAGACACGGACAGACUUUGUGACGAAUCUAAUCAGCAAGGCAUGCUUCAAGCAACCAGUGGAAGAGGUCUGUUGAAAAUUGAAGUGGAAGACCCACUCCACCCGGUACAGCGUCGAAUGUUUCAAGAGGAUGAAGAAGAAAACAAAGGGACCGCCAUGGAAGAAGACGACGACUCAUCAGUAGCAUCAUCAGAUACAUUUAUAUAUUCUCCAAAGGACCAUGACACAGGCUCUUCCGGAAGCGAAACAAAAUUGCAGCAGAGUUUAUCUGAGAGUCAAGAACCUCUUGCUUGUAACAUGUGCAGUCUGGAAUUCAAAAGCCGCAGAGAUCUUGCUGGACAUAGAAAGAUCCAUUUAGAUCUGGAAGUAAAACAAUUUCCAUGUAAACUUUGUGAUAAGUCGUUUCUGGAGAAAAGUAAAUUAGCCCGACAUGAGCGCACCCAUAUUGGAGAAAGACCAUUCAAAUGCGACAUGUGUGAUAAAGCAUUUGCACACAGUGGUGGGCUGACUCAGCAUAAACGUAAAAAUCACUUGGACCAAAAGCGAGAUCGGUCUGGUGAAGGGUUCCCUGGGAGAAAUCACAAAAGUGAUAUAGGAGGACGGUGCUUGGACCAAGGUGAUGAGGGCGACGGUGUCGGUGAUGAUGAUAAAUGUUACCCCUGUGACAAGUGUGAUAAGAAAUUUUCACAGAAAAAAAAGCUGACUCGGCAUAAACGUACUCAUACUGGUGAUGAGCAAUUCAUGUGUGACCAGUGUGGUGAAACCUUCGCACAGAAAAAACUGCUGACUCGACACAAACGUACAUGUGGUCAUUCACGUGAUGAACCACUGAUGUGCGAUCAGUGCGGUUUAACAUUCGCGCAGAAGAAAUUGCUGAAUCAGCAUAAACGUGUUCAUUCGAAGCGCGAGGACUCCCUGAUGUGCGACCAGUGUGGGAAAACUUACGCAGAGAGAAAAAGGCUGACUCAGCACAAACAUACCCACUCAAAAAAUGGAUGUUUUCAAUGUGACCAGUGUGGCAAAACGUUCGCACAGAAAAAACUGCUGACGAAGCACAAGCAGAUUCACUCGAAAAGCCGCCAUUUUAAGUGUGACAUGUGCGAUAAAAGUUUUCUGGAUAGGACUAAAUUGAAGAUACACCAACGUCUCCAUUCUGGAGAAAGGCCUUAUUCAUGUAACCAGUGCGGUAAAACAUUCACUUGGUCGGCUAGUUUGGCGCAACAUAGACUGACCCAUACUGGGGAGCGAAACUUCCAAUGUGACCAGUGUGAUAAGACUUUCAUUACCAGUAGUGCUGUUAUACAACACAAACGUAUUCAUACUGGAGAGAGACCAUUUAUGUGUGACGAGUGUGGCAAAACGUUUGGACAGAAUAGUUCGUUGACAAUACAUAAGCGUAUUCAUACUGGCGAAAGACCAUACCAGUGUGAACUUUGCGACAAGACAUUCAUGCAGAGCUCGAAACUCACUCACCAUGUUCGCAUUUCUCAUAAGGGAGAAACUCCUUACGAAUGCGAUCAAUGUGGCCACUCGUUCACGAGAAAAAGUGGCCUCAAUAAACAUAAACUUCGUGUUCAUGAUACUAACAAACCAUAUAGAUGCGAGGAAUGUGGAAAAUCGUUUCAGGAGGGUUUAUUGUUGACUCAGCAUAAAAUGAUCCACAUGGCGGCAAAGUAUUCGAAUAUUUACUGUCACUUGUGUAAGAAGUCUUUUACGAGGAAGAGCGGUCUUGAUAGGCAUAAUCGCCGUAAGCAUUCUGAUAAAGCACCGGUUGAGGAUGAGGAUAGCGAUUCCUCUGGUGGUACAGGAGGGCAGGUCUGCCAUGGGCAUGUAGCUCAACCACCUGCAGGUCCACCACCUGCAGGUCACCCACAAGCAGGUCGUCAACAUGCAAGUCAACCACCUGCAUCUUCCCCACCCAUAGGUCAUCCACCUGCGGGUCAGUCACCUGCAGGUCAAGCUCCUACAGGUCACCGAGGUCCGUGGGCCCAAAAUGAAGAUUCCUCUGACAGUGCCAAUACAUUGACCUUAAACCAAAAUCAGCAAAACAUUGGAGAGUUCCAUCUUUCUCAUAAUCGUCAACCACAACCCCUAUUCAUACCGGUAGCGCCCACGUUUAUGAUGCCAACCCCACUUAACUGUAAUGCCAAUGAAAUGUCCACGUACCGGUGCCAAAAUGACAAAUAAAUGCAAUGUACAUGUAUACAUCUGGGCCGACCGAAUUGAAACUCCGAGUGCUGAUAGGACCUAACAGAGUACAGUGUAAUGGUUAAAUGCUUUACACUAUUCUCUGUUAGGCCCUGUUAGCGCUAUCGGUGUUUCGAUUCGGUCGGCCCUGCUAUUCAAGUAGCUUGGCCAUGCAACUUUUAUCUUAAAACAUUUGCGCAAGAACUUAGAAGUUUGUUGAAGAAAAUAGUUUGAAUAUAUUGAUGGUGAUAGUCACAACUGUAAAUUGAGGAGACGAUCCAAGAUUUUAUGAAAGUACACGUACAAUGAAAUAGUUAUGAAAGUGAUGUUUAUUAAUGUAAGAUUUUCUGAAUGUAAGUUUCAUUCCAUAAGAUAAGUAUAUCAGUUUUAUAAAUACACGUACAUAUAUUACA